GGCCCUGCUGCGGGCGAGUACUCCUUCCGCCGCCCAGGCCACAGUCUGGCCUGGUACACAAGAAUAGUCACCAGACAGCUGCCCUAGCACGCGUGGAGAGACACCGGUAGCCAGCGUAGCCAGACCGCGGGGCGGAGAACCGGGAGACCGGAGCAGGGCUGUGCAGACCGCACCGGGAUAGGGACCCCGAAACGGAGCGAGGACAGAACCUGACGGGUGUCAACAUGACUGACCGCUUUGACUGCCACCACUGCAAUGAGUCGCUGUACGGCAAGAAGUACAUCUUGAAGGAGGAGAACCCGCAUUGUGUGGCCUGCUUCGAAGAACUCUACGCCAACACGUGUGAAGAGUGUGGCACGCCCAUUGGCUGCGACUGCAAGGACUUGUCCUACAAGGACCGGCACUGGCACGAAGGCUGCUUCCAUUGCUCCAGAUGCGGGAACUCGCUGGUGGACAAGCCCUUCGCCGCCAAGGAGGAGCAACUGCUGUGCACCGACUGCUACUCCAAUGAGUACUCGUCCAAGUGCCAGGAAUGCAAGAAGACCAUCAUGCCAGGUACCCGCAAGAUGGAAUACAAGGGCAGCAGCUGGCAUGAGACCUGCUUCACCUGCCAGCGCUGCCAGCAGCCCAUUGGAACCAAGAGCUUCAUACCCAAGGAGAACCAGAACUUCUGUGUGCCCUGCUAUGAGAAGCAGUACGCCCUGCAGUGCGUGCAGUGCAAAAAGCCCAUCACCACAGGAGGCGUCACUUACCGGGAGCAACCCUGGCACAAGGAGUGCUUUGUGUGCACUGCCUGCAAGAAGCAGCUGUCUGGGCAGCGCUUCACUGCCCGGGAUGAGUUCCCCUACUGCCUGACCUGCUUCUGCGACUUGUACGCCAAGAAGUGUGCUGGGUGCACCAACCCCAUCAGCGGUCUCGGUGGCACGAAGUACAUCUCCUUCGAGGAACGCCAGUGGCACAACGACUGCUUUAACUGUAAGAAGUGCUCCCUGUCCCUGGUGGGGCGCGGCUUCCUCACGGAGAGAGACGACAUCCUCUGCCCCGACUGUGGGAAGGACAUCUGAAGGCAGCGCGCGGAAGCCGCAGCCUGUGACGCGGAGAUUCGGAUAUUUUCUUUCAAUGCUGUGUUCUGCUUCCCGCCAGCCACCGCAAGGCUUUCUCUCGCUGUCUCAGCUUCAUGUUAAUUGAAAUCCUUUAGCUCUCUGCACCACUGCAGUCCUAGCCGGGACUGUAAACCCUGGAUGGAAAGAUGACUCGGAAUUCUUUGGAGACACGAGGCAGAGUAAAUGAAAAAGUGCCCCAGCGUGUCUUUAUAAAGCAUCCCUCUUACACUGCCUAUUUAAUUUUUAAGUGCAAUUAGCAUUGUCAUGAAUGUGUUCUCAAGGGAGAGCUGGGAUUUGCAGCUUUGUAACUUCCUUUUUGUGUACACCCAGAGUAAGAUUUAUGUGACUUAGAAUAAAGGUAUUCAGAAUAAAACCGUUGGCCAAG